AUGUCUUCAACCGAAUCGUGCACUUUGGAAACAUGCUCCCUCGACCUUGCAUACAUUCAAUAUCUGCCCUCCAAUGGCGGAAAUACAUUCCUUUUAGCCCUUUUCUUGGUUAUCCUGCUCGUCCAGAUGACAUUUCUAUUAUGCUACCGCACGUGGGCCUUCUCUAUAACCAUGAUAUGCGGUCUUAUCCUUGAGGCUCUGGGAUAUGUAGGACGGAUAAAGCUACAUUAUAAUCCGUUCGGAUUCACAAAUUUCCUACUCUACCUUGUCUGUCUCACUAUCGGACCGGCCUUCUUUGGAGCAGCAAUCUAUCUCUGUCUUGGGCGAAUCAUCAUUAUCCACGAGGGUGAAGACGUAUCUCGCCUCAAACCGCGGACUUACACAAUUGUUUUUGUGACCUGCGAUGUCAUCUCGUUGAUUCUACAGGCUGCCGGAGGGGCAAUUACGUCUUCUGCUGAAACCAGUGAAUCUCGCACCGAGGGCGUCAAUAUCAUGAUAGCGGGUCUCGCAUUUCAAGUUGCUGCACUGUGUCUUUUUAUGGCAUUCGGAGCCGAGUUCGCAAUCAAAUCGACAAUGGGGUCGAAGAAAUCUAGAGGACUCGAGCCGCUUCGGUCAUCAAACCCAGAGCUUUUCCUGAUAAGGAAUACUCGAAAGUGGAAAUGGUUCUUAAUUUGCAUCCCUGUCGCCACCGUGACUAUUUUCAUUCGGUCCUUCUUCCGCGUCUUUGAGCUGAAUGGCGGGUUUCAUAGCAGCUUGGCUAAUAAUGAGCCUGCCUUGAUGGUGCUGGAUGGCGCUAUGGAAGACGGUGGAACUCGAUUAAGUCGGCAUAAGAAAUGCUGGAGCAUAGACUUACCUAAAGAAGAGAAUGCCAAGGCGCCGAAUGCCGAGAAUUCCCAGCAAAAGCCGGCGAAGGGGUUCUCGGUUCUCGGUCGCCGCAGCACAAACCAUUACUUGACUCUUCCGCCACCUCAUCAGAACGAGAUCUCCGAGAUCCAUCCAACUUUUAUGUAA